UAAUUCCAUCUUAAUAUGCGCCUGGUGCGCAAAUACGCACCCUUCGGUCCUCUCGUUCGCCUCUCCUUCCCUUCUCUUCUGCUAUCCCGCGCCUCCACCAUGGGAGAGCGCUGCUGCGGCAAUUCCAAAUCAAAUCCCAAACCAAAUCCCGAGCCUAAUUCCAUCCCUAAGUCCAAGCCUAACAAGGACGAAGCCUACCUCGCUUCCAUCAUCGAGAAACGUAUCCGUAUCUUCGAAGCCAUCAAGGCCCAGCAAAUCGAGGAACGGCAGAGAAUCGGCGGAGAGACCAUAAGGAUAACAUUGCCAGAUGGUGCAGUCAAGGAAGGCAAGAAAUGGAUAUCAUCACCUUUUGACAUUGCCAAGGAAAUAUCCAAAAGUUUGGCUGCAAGUGCUUUGAUAUCUGAGGUAAAUGGGACUCUUUGGGACAUGUCGAGACCAUUAGAGGGAGACUGUGAACUGAAGCUGUUCACAUUCGAUACCAAAGAAGGGCGAGAUACCUUUUGGCAUUCUAGUGCUCACAUCCUUGGACAGUCCCUUGAGAUGGUGUAUGGAUGCAAGCUUUGCAUUGGACCUUGUACCACCAGGGGGGAGGGUUUCUACUAUGAUGCUUUCUAUCAAGACCUGACCUUGAAUGAGGAGCACUUUGGACAAAUUCAUUCGCAGGCAAUGACAGCUGUUGCGGAAAAACAACCUUUUCAGCGUAUUGAGGUAUCAAGGGAACAAGCUCUUGACAUGUUCAAAGAAAAUGAUUUUAAGAUCGAAAUCAUUAAUGAGUUGCCAGAGGACAAGACCAUCACUGUCUAUAGAUGUGGGCCUUUAGUAGAUCUUUGUCGCGGACCACAUAUACCAAAUACAUCUUUUGUAAAAGCUUUUGCUUGCUUAAAGGCUUCAUCAUCCUACUGGAGAGGUAAAAAAGAGCGUGAGACCUUGCAAAGAGUGUAUGGGAUAUCUUUUCCAGACUCAAAACGUCUAAAGGAAUACCUGACCCUUCUUGAGGAAGCCAAGAAAAAUGAUCACAGAAUUUUGGGUCAAAAUCAAGAACUUUUCUUUUUUCAUCAUCUUAGCCCGGGAAGUUGUUUCUUCCUGCCACAUGGGACAAGAAUUUACAACAAGUUAAUGGAGUUCAUACGAGCUCAAUAUAGGGAGAGAGGUUACCAAGAGGUUUUGACACCAAACAUGUACAAUAUGCAACUUUGGGAAAAAUCAGGUCAUGCUGCAAAUUACAAGGAUAACAUGUUUGUAUUUGAGAUUGAGAAACAGGAAUUUGGACUAAAGCCAAUGAAUUGCCCUGGGCACUGCUUGAUGUUUGACAAUAGAGUUCGAUCAUAUAGAGAGUUGCCGCUUCGUUUGGCCGAUUUUGGAGUUCUGCACAGGAAUGAGCUCAGUGGUGCACUUACUGGGUUAACACGUGUGAGGAGGUUUCAGCAGGAUGAUGCUCAUAUCUUUUGUAGGGAGAACCAGAUAAAAGAUGAGGUUAGGAGCGUCUUAGAAUUUAUAGAUUAUGCAUAUAAAAUAUUUGGGUUCACAUACGAGCUGGAGCUAUCAACGCGGCCGGAGAAAUACUUGGGAGAUAUAGCAACAUGGGAAAAAGCCGAGGCUGCUCUGUCAGAAGCAUUGAAUGAAUUUGGGAAGCCGUGGCAGAUAAAUGAAGGCGAUGGUGCAUUUUAUGGUCCAAAGAUAGAUAUUAGUGUUUUUGAUGCUAUGAAGAGGAAAUUUCAGUGUGCCACCCUGCAGCUUGAUUUUCAGCUUCCUUCUCGUUUCGAGUUAUCAUUCUCAGCAGAGGAUGAAGCUAAGAGGGAGCGACCUGUGAUGAUACACAGGGCCAUCCUAGGAUCUGUUGAGCGUAUGCUUGCAAUUCUUCUAGAACAUUAUAAAGGAAAAUGGCCUUUCUGGCUGAGCCCACGUCAAGCCAUUGUUUGCCCUGUGUCAGAGAAGUCUCAACCAUAUGCCUUACAGGUACGGGAUCAGAUUCAUCAAGCAGGUUAUUAUGUUGAUGUUGAUACAACAGACAGGAAGAUCCAAAAGAAGGUACGAGAAGCUCAAUUGGCGCAGUACAACUACAUAUUGGUGGUUGGUGAGGAGGAAGCAAACACUGGACAGGUGAGCAUGCGGGUUAGAGACAAGGCAGACCAUCGGGUGAUGAGCAUGGAGGACCUCCUUACACACUUUAGAGAAGAAGCGGCCGCUUACCAUUGACUCCUUUCAACUGUACCUCGUGAAAGGGACAAAGGAAACUGAGAGAGAAAUUGGUAAUAUUUUUUUAAAAAUUUAUUUAUCCUCGACAUAUAAGCUAUACUCAGUAAAGUGGCAUUGGUGAUUUUGGGAUCUGAACCAUAAUCUAGGAUACUGAAUUUUACUUCCAUGUAUUUUGCUCAACAACGUGUUGGAAAGAGAGAAAAGACGGCAUUAAGAGCCUCAUUAGACUC